AUGAAUGAGGUGAAUGAAGAUGGACGUUUCAGCACUCUCAUGGGAUCUGUGCAGAAAAAUAAUGAAUCUAUGCAAGAUAACUCAAACCAGAACAGUAAUGACAGCUCCCAGACAGAAAGUUGCUCUCCUGAAAGUGCUCAGCAGGAGUUCUGGAACUUCUCUUACAUGCAAGUACCGGGACCACUAGAGGCUGCCAGCCAGCUUCAGGAAUUAUGCCAUCGGUGGCUGAUGCCAGAAAUCAGCUCAAAAGAACAGAUCUUAGAAGCUCUGGUGCUACACCAGUUCCUGUCCAUUCUGCCCCAGGCGAUGAAGAACUGGGUGCAGAAGCAUCAUCCCAAAGAUGUCAAACAGGCUGUGGCUCUGGUCAGCUGCUUGGAGACACAGCUUGAUGCAGUUCCCAACAAGGGCUUGUUAACAUUUGAAGAUAUAGAGAUGCAAUUAUCUAAGGAAGAAUGGGAUAUACUGAGCCCUUCCCAGAAGACACUCUACAGUGAUGUAAUGCUGGAGAUCUACAAGCUAACCACCUCUCUAGGGAUUAAGCCAAAAAAUGUCAUGGGAAAUGAUCAGCCUGGAUCUGCCUCUACAUCAACAACAGAAGCGAGACCAUCAAGGGCCAGAAAGAAAGCUUCCCAGAAAAAACACUGCAGACAAAAACACAAGGAUAAGCACAGAGUUCAGGAACAUGGCCAGGCUCUUCCAGGGAGGGAAAUAGGGAUAGCUUCAGUUUCUCAACAGCAGAUUCUAAGACCUGUGGCUCACACAGAAAGCAACACAGUACACAAACCCUUUAAAUGUCGGCAUUGUGGGGAUAGAUUCAGAAUUCCUUCUGAGCUUGCUAAGCACCAGAGAGUUCAUACCAUGGAGAAGCCUUUUACAUGUCAACAAUGUGGUUGUAGCUUCCGGAGGAGUUCAGAUUUUAAAAUGCAUUGCCUGACUCACCAAGAAAUAAAACUACAUCAGUGUUCCUGGUGUCAGAAAACCUUUAGUCGUAAUACAAACUUAGUUAAACACCAAAGAAUUCAUGCAGGAGAGAAACCCUUUAGCUGUAUUGAAUGUGGGAUACUGUUCAUUCAGAAAUGUCACCUCAUUAAACACCAGCUAACCCACAUUGCUGACCGUCCCUAUGCAUGUAACCUGUGUGAGAAAACGUUUAACAGACGAUGGUGCCUUCUCAGACACCAGAAAAAUCAUAGUCAGGAAACUCAGACAGAAUUCCUGGGCUAA